AUGACCACAGCUCAGCAGAUAUACAAACUCUUUAAAAUCCAUUGCAUAGAGCCUACCCAGCUUAUUGAGCUUCUCGACUCAUGCAAUAUCCAUCCAGCGGCUCUUCUCACCCUUAACUCGGGACCUUUCCACUUCCAGCAUUUCCACAAGUCCACGAGCUCCCACCGGCGAUACCUCUCUUUUGGACUGGCCUACAACGUGGCGACGAUACUCUGGAGCUGCGACCUCGACACACGCAACAUUCGCGUGGUGGGUAUCGGCGAGGAGAGCCGACCAUUCAGCGAGGCCGACGUGAUCCGGUUCAAGAGCGACCUGAUACAUCCUCUGGCGCCGGGCCUCCUGGCACUCCAGGUACAUCUGGAGAAGACGCACGGCCUUAUCCGCCAGCUCGUCAAACGACUGAGGGAUGUCGAGGCGCAGAUUGGCCAUCGUGCUGAGAAUCAACUUGCUGCCCAGAUUGACUUUGAGCGAUUCGAGGAUCUGGAUCUGGGGCUCUUGUCUCGUCCUCUGAGUAAUCUCCACUACGAGGCUCUGUCGUAUGAGAGGACGUUUAGUGCGAUCCACGGCAUACUGUUCGAGAUGAAGCUGGCUUGCGACAUGGAUGUCAUUCGAAGGGCAGCCGUUAUUGACGACGACUGCCGCACUGCGUUUGAGACAAGUCUGCUUUGGCGGUUCAAGUCGACCGAGUCGCUGCAGGAGCAAAUGAAGUAUCUCCUCGACCGAGUGCGCGUCCAGAGUGAAAUGGUGUCGAACCUGAGAGCACACCAGGACGCACAGCGUGGAAUCCGGCUGGCGAGCCAGUCGGCGGCUAUGGCCAAGGCGGCCAAGCAGGAUAGCUUCUCCAUGGCGACGGUGGCGCUGAUGACCAUGGCGCUCCUCCCGGCGACUUUCUUUGCGGCGCUGUUUGCGAUGCCCCUGUUCAAGUGGGACGAGGCCUCGGUCGUUCAGGGCCGGUUCUGGGUCUACUUGGCGUUUGCGCUGCCGAGCACGCUCGUCGUAUUUAUGCUCUGGGGGGUCUUGACUCGGAACUGGAUCAAGAAGGGAGCUAGGCGGGGGAGGGCUCUAUUGACUCUGCUGUCUCCUAGCAAGAAGUCUUGA